CUUCUCCUUCGGAAUCUUUUGCAGACAUCGUUGAAUUUUACUUUCUUUUGUGAGCUAGAGGACACUGAACCAUGUGAAAUGAAAUACGGAGUAUCUGUCAUCUAGUCUCGCAGCUCAUGAAUGAGUGAUGGAAAUGUCGACAGCAAAUUUUGACUCUUGCGCCACGUGCUGUCUAUUCUAAAUAUCGAGUUCUUGCCGAUCCAUUUAUCGAGGAAUUCACACGGGAGAAGAACCAGUAGGCACGUAAGAUCAGUUCGUUUAUAGGCAGGACGGCGACGGUUGCCUGUCCUUUUGUAGUUUCAGUAUUUGCAGCAUACACAUCUUGGUUGCAAUUGCAAUCCAAGAUGGGUGACGCUGGUGAGAUUCAGCUGCAAAUCGCAGGGAUCCGAUGCCAAGAAGCCGGAGACGAUCAUGGACAGAGAGCAGAGAGCGGUGGAGCAUGCCCUGGCCCUGCAACGGAGGCGCCGCGGCCGCCGCUGUCGAAACGGCUCGCGUGGUGGGCGGUGGUCCUUAUCAACGUCGUGUUCAUCCUCGGCGGACAGAGCGUGGCCACGCUCCUCGGCAGGAUCUACUACGACCAGGGUGGCAACAGCCUGUGGAUGCAGACGGUGGUGCAGUCCUGCGGCACACCGCUCGCCAUCCCGCUGCUCCUCUACUUCCGGUUCCGGGUCAGGCCGACGUCCUCCUCCGCCGUGGCGGCUAGCCGGCCGCCACUCGUCAAGCUCGCCGCCAUCUACGCCGGCCUGGGCGUCCUCCUCGCCGCCGACAACCUCAUGUACUCGUACGGCCUCCUGUACCUGCCCAUGUCAACAUAUUCCAUCAUCUGCGCGAGCCAGGUCUCGUUCAACGCCGUCUUCGCCUACUUCCUGAACAAGGAGAAGUUCCGGGCGCUCGUCCUCAACUCCGUCGUGCUGCUGACGUUCUCAGCCGCGCUCGUCGGCGUGAACCACGGCUCGGACGAGACCGGAAGCAGCAUCCCGAAGGGGAAGUUCCCGGCGGGGUUCGCGCUCACGCUGUCGGCGUCGGCGCUCUUCUCCCUGAUCCUGUCCCUGACGCAGCUGACCUUCGACGAGGUGCUGAAGAGCGACGCGCUCCACACCGUGCUGGAGAUGCAGUUCUGGAGCAACACCGCGGCGGCGUGCGUGUCUGUGGCCGGGCUCUUCGCCUCCGGGGAGUGGCGCACCAUCGCCGGGGAGAUGGAGGCGUACAAGAAGGGGGAGGUGGCGUACGCGAUGACGCUGGCGUCGACGGCCGUCUCGUGGCAGCUGUGCACGAUGGGCCUCAUGGGGCUGGUCGCGGCGGUGUCAUCAUUGUUCACCAACGUGAUCAGCACGGUGGGCACGCCGCUGUCGCCGGUCCUCGCCGUGAUCUUCCUCGGCGACCGGAUGGACGGGGUGAAGCUCAUGGCCAUGCUCAUAGCAGUGUGGGGGCUCCUGUCCUACGUGUAUCAGCACUACCUCGACGACCGUGCCAAGGCUAAGAGGAUAACCGAGAAAUCUGACGAACAAUACCAAGCUGCAAAAAUCUCCGUAGAAUAGUGCUUGUUUUUUUUUCUGCCACUGUCACAUCGCAAAACUACUUUAAUUGCUCUACGGAAGUCCCUGCCGAUGCCAGUGGAAAAUACUAAGUUUAGUUCAGUUCUUUGUUGACAGAAGUAUAGUACUAGUUCUCCGCUACUUGCGUGUCAAGGUCACCAAACCCUUCCAUAAAUCCGGCUAACCGGCCUAUUAAUCCGUAA